AUGAGUGUGCCCUCAGUAUCUCCGCCUUCGGUGGCUGGAACCAAGGGCAGCAACAAGAGCAGCAGCAGCAGCAGCAGCAGCAGCAGCAGCAGCAGCAUGAAGACACCGAUUGGGGGGGAAGAUGUAUGUGCUGUUGUAGUGCAGCUGGGGGCCUCCACCCUCAACGUCGGCUACGCGCAGGAGGACCAUCCGCGGAUUGCUGCUUCUGCUUUUGUAGGGAGAAGAAAGCAGCGCCUGCAGCAGCAGCAGCAGCAGCAGCAGCAGCAGCAACAGCAGCAGCAGCAGCAGCAGCAGCAAGAGCAGCAGCAGCAGCAGACAGCGCGGAUUGCUGCUUCUGCUUUUGUAGGGAGAAGAAAGCAGCGCCUGCAGCAGCAGCAGCAGCAGCAGCAACAGCAGCAGCAGCAGCAGCAAGAGCAGCAGCAGCAGCAAACAGCAGGGCUUUUCUGUGGCACUUGCUGCUGCUGCGAGUCGCAUGCGGCUAUCUGCGCUCCGCCAGACGUUGCUCUCAGCGCUUCACAGCAGCAGCAGCAGCAGCAGCAGCAGCAGCAGCAGCAGCAGCAGCAUCAGCAGCAGAACUGUGUAAAAUGGAGAAAGUCCAGUGGUGUUUCUCCUUCUGUCUUUUAUAGUCGAGGCCCCUUCAUCUGGCCGCGAGAGGGAAAGAGCUGCUGCAGCUGCUGCUGCUGCCUGCAGCAAACGGUGUUUCCCGUGUCUCUCGUGCUGCCGACGCCCCACAUGGAUAUACACCCAAUCCUCGCAGAGCCAGCAGCAGCAGCAGCAGCAGCAGCAGCAGCAGGAACAGCAGCGGGAGAUGCAGCAGCAGAUGCAGCAGCAGAUGCAGCAGCAGCAAACGCAACAGAUGCAGCAGCAGCAGCAAAUGCAACAGAUGCAGCUGCUGCAGCAUCAACUAGUACUCUAGAACGCGACGACGCGCAGAAGCUGCUGCUGCAGCAGCAGCAGCAGCAGCAGCAGCAGCAGCAGCAGCAGCUGCAGCAGCAGCAGCAGCUGCAGCAGCAGCUAGAUAAGGAAUUAGAUAGAGAAGCAUUUUCAACAGCAGUUAGAAUUUGUAUUGAGGGAAACGCGACGAGCGAAGAAAUAAAAAGAAGAACCAUCAGGCCCCCCAAAAUAAACAAACAGCAGCAGCAGCAGCAGCAGCAGCAGCAGCAGCAGCAGCAGCAGGUACGGCCCCCUAAGACAGAAGCACACAGCUGCAACUGCUGCUGCUUGAAGCAGCAGCAGCAGCAGCAGCAGCAGCAGCGGGCUGGGGGGGAAUGCAACGGCGUGUUGGGGUCGAGUAGGGGCGCAGCAGAUGUCGAUGGGGGCGCGCGGAUCGGGAUAACAAACAGCAGCAGCAGCAGCAGCAGCAGCAGCAGCAGCAGCAGCAGCAGCAGCAGCGUGAGUGAGAAGAUAGAAGCUUUUGGUUGCUCUCCCUUUGGGGGUUUAGGUGUAUGGACGCACGAGCACCCGCUGCUGGUGGUGCUGCCUACUGGUGCUUCUGCUGCAGUUCGUCGUUCUGUUGCUGCUGCAGUAUUUGAGGAUUUAGACGUUCCUGCUGCUUUCUUUGUUGCUGCUGCUGCUGCUGCUGCUUUCUCUGUCGGCCGCAGCACGGCUCUCGUCGUCGAGCUCGGAGCAGCAGGAGGCUCAGUUGCUGCUGUUGCUGAUGGAUAUACACUGCACUGCAACACGAAAUUAUUUCCUUUUGGCGGGGACUUCCUAGAUAAACAAAUUGAACUCGUUCUUAGACACCAGCUGCUGCAGGAGGCUCAGUUGCUGCUGUUGCUGAUGGAUAUACACUGCACUGCAACACGAAAUUAUUUCCUUUUGUGUAUACCGAAGCCCCUACAGCAGCAUGAGCAGCAGCAGCAGCAACAACUGCAUCAGCAGCAUCAGCAGCAGCAGCAGCAGCAGCAGCAGCAGCAGCAGUUUAUACUGCAGCAAAUCUCUGCUUCGUCUCAGCACCCGGGAGAAAUACACGCAAAGGGUUCAUCUGCUGCUGCUGCUGCAGCAGCAGCAGCAGCAGCAGCAGCAGCAGGAGAUGAAGAGCCUGCGCCUGUAUACGAGCUGCCAGACGGCACCCUCAUCAACUGCAGCGGCAUAAAAACAGCUGUCAACGAACUCUUAUUUAAACCCCAAGAAGCAAUGGAGGCGCUGCUGCAGCUGCAGGGAGAAACAAAACACCACGCAGCCACAGAUAUACUCGGCGGGUUCAAGGGGAUCACUCAUGUUAUCGAGGACUGCCUGUACAGCUGCGACGUCGACCUCCGCCGGGACCUCCUUUCUGCGGUCGUAUUAACGGGGGGAGUUUCGCUUACAACAGUUGGCCGGGACCUCCUUUCUGCGGUCGUAUUAACGGGGGGAGUUUCGCUUACAACAGUUGUUUGUUUGUUUGUUUAG